AUGGUGACUCCUGGUGUGGUAACGGAGACGAACGUCAUCUCGAUCGACGGUCCAAUCCUGACGCCGAAGCAGGAGCAGGAGAAGUGGCUUGGUGAGGCGGUGCAGGCGGUCCGGGAGCACGCGGCGAGCAUGCAGGCGCACAUGCGCCAGCGCGAGUUCAUCAACGUCCUCCGAAGCGCGUCGCAUAUGCUCGCGGAGCUCCGCACCGGCAUGCUGGCGCCGCAGAACUACUAUGAACUGUACGUGAAGGUCUUCGACGAGAUGCAGCAGCUCGAGCAGUACAUCGAGGAGGAGUACAGGCGCGGCCGCCCGCUGGAGGAGAUGUACGAGGUCGCGCAGCACGCUGGCUGCAUUGUGCCGCGGCUCUAUCUCCUCAUCACCGUCGGCGCGGUGUACAUCAAGUCAGGGGAGCAGCCCGCGCUGGAGAUACUGCACGACCUGCUGGAGAUGUGCAAGGGCGUGCAGCACCCGACGCGCGGCCUGUUCCUGCGUCACUUCCUGUUGUCGAUGAUGAAGAACAGGCUACCGGGUGACAGCAACCGCGUUGUGGCCGACAGCGUGGAGGGCGACGGCGGCACUGUUGAGGACACCGCGGAACUGCUGCUGCAAAACUUCAAGGAGAUGAACUGGCUGUGGAUACGCAUGGAGGCGAAGGGGCCGGCGCGGACGGAGUCGCAGAGCGUGGUUCAGCGCAAGCACAGAGACCGCAAGGAGUUGUGUGUGCUUGUCGGUAUGAACAUUGUUCGCAUUUCUCAGCUGGAAGGGGUGGAGCGGCAGGUGUACAAGAGCAACAUCCUCCCGCGCCUCCUCAGCAUUAUCGUCAAGUACCGCGAGUCGCUGGCGCAGCAGUACCUCCUGGAGGUGAUUGUGCAGGUGUUCCCCGACGAGUUCCACCUCUUCACGCUGGACGACCUCCUCGGCGCACUCGAGCACGUCUCACCGAGCGUCGACGUGUGUGCCAUUCUGGCGUCGCUGAUGGAGCGGCUCGGCAACUACGCCACCGCGCUGCGCGACGGGGUCGCGGAGGCGGGCAGCCGCAAGGAGGAAAAGCAGCUGCACAAGAUGUUCGACACCUUCAAGGCGCGCCUCGACGCGAUGCUCUGCGGCCGCGACGCGAGGCCAAGGAUCGCCCCCACCACCAACAACAACAGCACCAACAAUAGUCAUAGUAGUGCCGUCAAUAGCAACAGUGGCAAUAACAACAGUAGCACCAGCAGGAGUGGCGGUAACCUCAACUUUAUGUUGCCGUCGUACGUCAAGUCGAUGCUGUGCCUCGUCGAGUUGUCGCUAAAAACAGACCCUGUUGCAGCCGUGGCGCAGAUUGGAGUUGUGCUGGGAAGCAUUGCGGAGCGUAUGACAUCCCCACCGCGGGACGUCGUCGUUAAGACGGUGGAGCGCAUGAUUGCGUACGUCAUCAAGACACUCAAGGACCCGAGUGUUGUGCUCACCGUUGAAAACCUCGACGUGCUGACGCAAAAGCUCCCCUUCGCCUCGCGACGUGAGGUGUCCCUCACGCUGUGUACAACGAUUGUGCAGUUGGCGCCCUCACGCCGCAUCGCCACGCUCGAAUUGGCUGCGCGGCUCUUCGAGCUCAUCGUGCCGCUCGUGCGUGACGAGCCGGACGCGCCGCGGCGGCGCGGCGACGGGCACGACACGGCGGUGGAGUUUUUGGAGGAGCAGCACCUCGUGUGCCGCGUGCUGCACCUGCUGCAGUGUGACGACCUCGCGAUGCAGAUGAAGAUGCUGAACGGCGUGCGCAAGCAGCUUGGCCAAGGUGGACCCGAGCGUGUAGUGGUAACGCUGCCGACGCUGGCCUCGUUGUACAUGCGCCUCGCACUGCGUGUGAAGGCCGCAGCAGCGGGGCAGGAUGAGGCAGACGGCGGGGAUGGAGCGGCAGCAACGGCAGACGGGCUGUCGUGUGCGAAGCCGUUUCACUUCAUCCACUCCGGCGACGGCAAGGGCAUUCUGGAGAUGCUCGCGGGUGAAGUGCCGCAGCAGACAUUUCACCUCUACCUCGCUGCCGCCAACGCGGCCGACGUGUGCGGGCUCGCCGAUGUGGCGUACGAGCACUACGUGAGUGCCUUCCAGAUCUACGAGGAGUGCGCCGCCGACACGCGGGAGCAGAUAGAGAUGAUGGGCUGCAUGAUCUCCUCCUUGUACGGCCUGCGCGCUAUGCCAGAGGAGAGCUACGAGCUGCUCGCCACAAAGGUCUGCCAGUACAGCUCCAAGCUGGUGCGCAAAAGCGACCAAAGCCACGUCGUCUCGUUGUGCGCCCACCUCUUCUGGAAGAGCGCGCUGUCCGACGAGAGCCACCACCGCGUGCUGGAGUGCCUGCAGCGCGCGCUGAAGAUUGCCAACCACGCCCAGCCGGCGCAGCAGCUGCCGCUCUUCGUCGAGCUGUUGAACCAGAUGCUCCACUACUACGCCGGUAGGGCGCCGGGGGUCACGGUGAAGUACAUCACCACCCUCAUCGACCUCGUCGAGGAUGCCAGCAGCAAGGCCGCUGAGGAGGACCGCAAUAACGACAUGUACAGCGGCGGCGGCGGCAGCAGCAAUGAGAAUGGCGAUGGUGAGAACAACUCGUACGAGUCAGCGCGUCGGUUUUACCGCAACACAGCGCGGUACAUUCGCUCGCGCCAGCAGGUGGAUGAGCGCUGGGGGGCCAUCGGCGAGGAUCACGAGAGUGAGGGUGACGCUGCUGAUGCCGCUGCCGCGGGAGAAGGCUAG